ACGAUGUUACUGUUGUAUUUACCGGUCACAAUGAGGUUAAUGAAGAACCUUCAGACGUUUAUAUGACUACAGUAGAACAUCCAAAUGUCGAAAUAUCUGAAAACCAAUCUCCUGAAGUUAAAUUUUCUGAAAUCCAAUUUCCUGAAGUCCAAUUUCCUGAAGUCAAACUUCCUGAAGUCAAAUUUCCUGAAAUCCAAUUUCCUUCUCUCGAACCAAUUUUUGAAAAAAUUCGGGAAUUCUUUGAAUCAAUAGUUAACUUUAUAUCCGAACAUUAUAUCAUGAUUAUUGUUGUAAUAACCAUAAUUGUUAUAUCUAUUAUCAGUCCUUGGAUCCUUCUUGGAUUUCUCCGAUUGUUAGGAUUUGCUACUGAAGGAAUAGUUAAAGGAAGUUUAGUAGCCUUAGCUCAGUCCGCUCGUGCUUUGCCCAUUAUUGGAUUUGGUGUUGCGGGAAUAAUUAAAGGAAGUUUGGUAGCCAUAUGCCAGUCUAUUGCUGCUAUAGAACCAGUAAAUCUAAUAAUUGAUCAAAAUGGCAUCACCGGUAAAGUGUGA